AUGGCCGCCAUUUCAACAGGAAAUCCCACGUUUAAAAGGGUGUGCUACUACACCAACUGGUCCCAGUACAGAAAACAACCGGCCCGCUUCUUCCCGUUCAACAUCGACCCCUUUCUCUGCACACAUCUGAUUUUCGCGUUUGCCAAGAUUGAUUUCAAGGGUCAGCUUGCUCCCUAUGAAUGGAACGAUAUACAAUAUCCACAUCUAUACAAACAGUUCACUGGCUUAAAGAAGAAAAACCCACACUUGAAGACCUUGUUGGCCGUUGGUGGAUGGACUCAUGGUUCCAGACCUUUCACAGACAUGGUGAAGACACCGGAAGGACGUAAAUCCUUCAUUGAACAAUCUGUCCAGUAUCUGAGAGCACAUAACUUUGACGGAAUUGAUCUUGACUGGGAAUAUCCUGCUAACCGAGGCAGUCCUGCAGAUGACAAGAAGAAAUUCUCCCUACUCGUAAUGGAACUAAGAGAUGCGUACGAGCAAGAAGCUGUGAGGACAGGAAAGGAGCGCCUCCUGGUGACAGCAGCAGUUGCUGGUGGAGAAAAGAUUGUCAAGUCGGCCUACGAGGUCCCAGUAAUCAACAAAUAUCUCGACUUUAUAAACCUAAUGAGCUACGAUCUUAAUGGAGCCUGGAGUAAGGCGCUGGGUAUCAAUGCUCCCCUCUACAAAUCCAACUCUCCUAACGCUCCUUCCAAAUCGACAAGUGUGGAUGAAGUUGUCCAAUUGUGGCUGGACCUGGGUGCCACCCGAGACAAGUUGGUGAUGGGUAUCCCCACGUAUGGCCGUUCCUUCACGCUCUGCUCGGAUAAACAGAUCAACGUUGGUGACAAGAACUGUGGAGCAGGACGCCCCUCGCCUUUCACAAGAGAAAAAGGAUUCGUCUCUUACUAUGAGAUGUCCAAGUACCUUCAACAAGACUGGACAAGGGUAUGGCUAGAAGACCAAAUGGUACCUUAUGCCUACAACCUUCGUCUUAAGCAGUGGGUCGGCUACGAUGAUAUUCAGAGCGUGAAGCUCAAGGCACAGUACAUCAAGCAUCGUCAGCUGGCAGGGGCUAUGGUGUGGGCUGUGGACCUAGAUGACUUCAGUAAUCUGGCAGGACGUGGCGAAGUCUACCCACUUUCGAAGGCAAUCAGAGACGUCUUGGAAGACGCUGACUACCCCGCCUUUACCCCACCUCCAAAAAUCGCAACGACAAAACCAAAGUCUAAAUCGACACAAAAACCAGAGAAGGACACUUACAAAAAGGAGGAAGGUGUAGCAAAGAAGAAUAAGAGUUCCAAGUUUAACAAUCUGAACACAAGUAGUCGUAUCCUCCAGAAGAUCCCCAUACAAGAAACCAGUGACACACAAAAAGCUGUCAACCCGUCAGCCAACUACAAGGCAGAGAAGAACAUCAACAUCUACAGUUUCACCAACUGUCACUUCAACAAAACAAAGGUAGCACCCAAGAAGAAAGCUGGCGGUGUUAAUAAGAUUGGACCUAAACCUUCUAAUAGAAAGAGUCCUUAUACUCCUCCUCCCUCCUAUCUGGAAAAGCAAGCUUCUUUCCCUGGUGCAGGUGUUAACCCAUCAGCACCCACCAAAGUUUCGCAGCUGAAGUGGCCAUCAAAGAAAGUCAUCAACGUUUUCCAAAAGUCGACAUUGAAAACUGAACUUUCGAGUUUUGAAGCGGUAUCCUCUCCUAAAACAACUAGCGCGAAUGUGAAGAGAGUCACAAAGCCGACAAGGCCAAAUACUACAGAUGUUGAGACUGAGACAACCGUAUAUACUUCAUCCUCUACAGCUUCUCCAUCAACAACUUCUACACCAUUUACAACUACAUCUACAGCGACUUCAAGCACAGUGACAUCAACAACUCUUCUAUCCACAAGUAACAGACCAAGAACAACCAGAAGGCCUCGAUACACCUUCAAACCAUGGAGCCGGACCACACGCAAAUCAACCACACCAGAAACAACAACGGCCAUUGACCCAACAACCACUGUCGACACAGGAAUGAGAGCUGCAAUGUUCAAACCAAGACUGAGUGCACCAACAAUGACUCCAAGAAUAAGUACAUCUCUUCCCAAAUUCAGGCCUUGGACGAAAACAAGAACAUUUACAACAACCACAUCUCAAAAACCUUCAUCCACAAAGGCUUUCUUCCUUUUUGCUCAUCUCACCAAACCAACUACUACACCCUCUAGAAAACAAACUGCCACGCCUACAACUAGAAGAUCUACAAAGUCUAGUAAACAAAUCUCAAGAUCAACUGUUAGUCAAACUACUAAACCAACCACAAUGCCAACAACGAAACCAACCUCAAGACCAACUACUAAACCAACCACAAAACCGUCUACAAGGCCAACAACUACGCCGACCACAAAACCGUCUACAAGGCCAACAACUACGCCGACCACAAAACCAUCCACAAGACCCACUACUAAGUCAAGCACCAGACCAGCUAUUAAGCUAACAACGAGACCCACCACUAAACUAACCAUGAGAUCAACAACAUCAACAUCAACAUCUCCACCCACAACAUCAACCUCAACCUCAAGAUCAACACUAACAGCACGUAGGACAACACAAAGGGCACGGCCUUCCACUAAGACUUCAAGGCAGUGGAAGCUGACAGCAACACCAUCGGCCAUCGUAAAGAUAAUAAAGGAGAAGACAUUCCCAAUGAGGCGGACAACUCAGGCUACUAAAGUGACGCUUCCACCCAGAAGAACUACUCCACGAUUCACAAGGAGACACCCCGAAAUUAAGUUUACCAAAAGAGGACCUGCAAGGAAUAUAACAUCCAGUACCCCAGACCUAAGAGCUGGAGCAGAUGAAGACUUUGCAACAUCAACAUCGACUCACAAGCCUACUGCUCCUACUACAACUAUCAGAUCUCGCAGUGUUAACCUGAAACUAAAUGAUAGUCACCAAGAUUCCGACUACAGACGAGCAAGGAAAUCAACAUCUCCAAAUCCUACUGGACCCCAGAAAAUAUUUGCUUGGAUGACAGCAAAAACAACUAAAUCAUUCACGGCGAGUGAAACAACCACAAAAGCCACAACCAGGUCCAAGACCACUCCAUUGAAGACAACACAAUCAACAGCAACGUCUACUACAACGACACCUACUACCACAAAAACCUAUUCCACAUCCACGACAUCUACAACAACUUCAUCACCAGCGGCUACAACCAGAACCAGUACUGUAAAGCGAACGACCCACAGCCUUAUGGAGGCCGGCCUUGGACUUGAUCAUACUCACCCAAAUGUCCAAUUUUCAUCCCUAACGAAGGGUGUCAGGAAAGGUUUCGUCAAUAACAGACGCGGAAUGCGAUUCUUUAAAAGACCCUUCAGUAGGGUAACGCCACCACGGCUUGCCACUCCGCCGCCUCCAACUGACAGAGCGUAUGUCCUCUCUGUUCCCAAAACAAGUGACUGUGACCACCAGAAUGAAGACAUCAGACAGCCUGACGUUCAAGAAUCGCUAGACAACCAGAACAUUCAGAGACCAUUGAUAAUGAACACAGAUUACAUUCCACGACGACCAAAAUUGAGAAAGCGUCCACACCACGGAUUCAUAGUUGAGAACCUCAAGAACAACCUCUACAGAAGACAGGAACGAAACAAGAACAACCAUAACUACAAUUAUAAAAUCGCUACGAAACAGACAAAGCCCCAAAGAAUUUACAGCACAAAUGUCAGAUAUAACGUUCCUUCUCGGAAUUCCUUCCGACAGACAAGACCACAAACUGGGUAUAAUAUUCCAUCACGGAGGGUAACACAGCCACAGAAGAUAGUCAUCGAUUACAGAGUUCCCAGAGGAAAGUACGACACGGUUCAACAGAAUCUGGAGAUAAAAGCACAAGAAAAGAGACCUGUCGUGGAAGCCACAGAAAAGGAGAACUUCAAUAAAUUUGCCAUUCCUGGUGAGUAA